UAAACGCGUUUCCCUGGAAGAGUUACAACUUCAGCCAGAACACUGCCUGUGGAUGUACAUUCCUGCUGUGCCCCCUUGUUAUGACACUCAGGGAAGGGAAGGGGAGUGGUUCCUAAAUAUCUAUCUCCUCCUCUUUCAGGUGUUACUUUAACAUAAUCCUGACAAUAAGCGCCUGCGCGGGAGUUUCCUCUCUGUCUGUGAUCGCUACGUACGAAAAAAAAAAAAAAAAAGUUGAACUUGCUACAGUGUUGUAAGUCAGAGAAGUUGAACGCGGCGGAAAAAAAAGGCGGGGGCGGCGACGGGUAGAAGGAAGCGGCAGCAGAAACGCGCUCGGGCGGGCAGGAUUAUCUGGAAAUUGAGAGAGACCACUCAUCCCCCAAGUGCCGUUUAAUGGAGUAAGUGGAAUGUUGCUUCAGUGCUAAAGGCGAGAGAGAACAUGGAUGACACUGCCCUGGAGGAGGCUCAGCCCAGGGCGAUAGUGACCGAGAGGAGGAAGGCCUGGGCGAAGAGUAGGGAUUCCUGGCAAGCAUCGGAGGCUGGAGAGGAUGUUUCAGCGGAAGCGACCCAGAUUUCUCCGGCUGUGCAGCUGGGAGAGUGCUCAGGAAAUAUACCCAAUGAAAAGAUUGCAAUAUGGCUGAAUGACUGUAGAACACCACUUGGGGCCUCCCUGGAUGAUCAGAACAACCUGCUCGGUUUUCCAAAGGGAAUGGUUUUAAAAAAUGGCAGCAGUUUUGAAGAUGACUUGUCCCUUGGAGCCGAAGCUAAUCAUCUCCAUCAAAGGAACUUGCCGAUGGAGCCCCCUUUCAAUGUCAUGCUGGCAAAAGACAGAAGACUCCAGUUUCACCAGAAAGGGAGAAGUAUGAACUCGACCGGAUCUGGGAAAAGCAGCACAACUGUGUCCAGUGUUUCAGAAUUACUAGAUCUUUAUGAAGAAGAUCCCGAGGAAAUUCUUUACAAUCUUGGAUUUGGUCGAGAUGAGCCAGACAUUGCUUCCAAAAUACCAUCCAGAUUUUUCAACGGCUCUUCCUUCGCCAAUGGGAUUGACAUUAAAGUAUUUUUAAGUGCACAAAUGCAGCGUUUGGAGGUGGAGAAUCCAAACUAUGCCUUGACAAGUCGCUUCCGUCAGAUAAAAGUUCUUACUGAUGUGGCAAACGCAUUUUCUUCCUUGUACUCGCAAGUCUCUGGAACUCCACUCCAACGAAUAGGAAGCUCUAAAUCUCUCACCACUUCUGCUACCGUUGAGCCUACCAAACCAGCACCUCUUACCAGAUCUUCUAGCCAGACUGCAGCCCGUCUGCUGGAGACCUUAUCCAAGCUCAAUUUGUGUGGCACGCGGACGUCGGGGGAAACAAAUACUGCUGCCCAAUCUCUUGAUGAAAAGGGAACAGCUCUGAGUUCGAAGGAGGACGAAGCCAAUAAAAAUGAGCAGAAAAUUCUGAAACCAUUCAAAAAGACUUCUCCACCUCUUGCUACCGUUAAAGAGGAGGCUUCUAAUUCUAUGAUGUCUGACUUGAAUGGUCUUGAUAUUUCUGCCCUUCCAAAAGAAAAUGGAGUUGACGUUGACACUUUAGCUGAACCCGUCACUAUAAAACAGGAAGACACCUCAAUGGACUUAGACUGUGAUUCAUCACGUAUUGCGGAGUCCCCUACUAGUAAAGAUUUGAGUGAAUCUACUGAUCAGGAAUGUGACCACUACCGAUCAGAAACCAAUCCACCUACAUCCACACCAGACAAGGAAUUAUUUGCAUCAAACCCUUCUGUAAGGAGCCUCAUGAUGCAACCUAAGGACUCAUUUGAACUGGAGGAGUUGCAGAGCACAGAGGAGGAACCUCACCAAGUUCCGCCCAUAUGUCGGAUGGCGUCAGAAAAAAUCGGCAAAGAUAAUCUGCUAAGAACAGCAAGCCAGCAUUCCGAUAGCAGUGGAUUUGCAGAAGACACGUCUGGUGACUGCCUCUUAAAUUCCCUCCCAGUUCAAGACUCGUUGCAGGCAAUGGGAAGUAGUGCGGACAGUUGUGACAGUGAAACAACGGUAACGUCUAUAGGAGAAGACUUACGGACACCACUGGCACUUGAUCAAAGGGAAUCCAUUGACUUUGACAUCGAUGAUGAGUACCUAACACCUGUUGGCAUGGAAAGAAGAGUGUUUUUUGGAGAAAAAGAACUAACUCUAGACAUUGUAAAGGCUGAAAGUCAAAAUGAGGAGGGACAUUCUAGCGAGAGCCUUAACUUGGUCUUAGACAAUACUCAGGACAUCAGCGAAGAAGAUUCUGAAUUACAGCAGGAAUGUACGGCUGAUAGUGAAUUGGAAACAAACAGUGAAUGUGAAGCCGUUCCUUACACCACUCAUCAUAUAUCAGAGAUGGACAGUUUUCCAGAUUAUGAUCGCUUUUCUGAUGUAGAUAAUGUGGAUUCCCGUUCUCUGGAUCGGGUUAAUGUGGCAUUACGGAGGGCACAGAAGAAAGUAUUUGGUUCCUCUGACCUAGCAGGAAGCAGAACUGGUCGCAGCAGCAUCACCUCAAAAGACCUAUUAAAACGGAGACACAAGUACUCCAACUCUGGUUACCCGCUCAGAAGGACUCAGUCGCUGCCCUCUGCACUGUUAAGUCCAGUGAGGGUGGUGUCCAAAGUAAACAUUGUCUUAAAUUCCGGCAAAGCAACUGUGUGCAGCCCUCCUUCGUUUUCCUACAAGUACACACCGGAGGAGGACGACGACUAUACGGAACAAACAGGGGAAGUAAACACUACCAGUAAAUAUACAGUUAUCAGGCGUCCUGUAACGGACACAAAAGAGGUCCAGAAAAGUGCUUCAGGGCAAACAGCCGAAGAGCAAAGCCACAGACCACAAUCAUCCUGUUUUGUGAAUGCCCCAUCACACAGGUCACAUUCCUCCUGCUCCCUCCAUUCCCUACAGUCUGACUGGCACGACCGGCCUUUGUGUGAGCAUGCAAGAACUUGGAGCACGCACAGCGUUCCUAACUUUUCUGGCGCGUCCUGUGGUUCUAUGAUGUCCCCAUUCUCUUGUCCGCUUAAUCAGCGAUUUGCCUAUGGAUCGCUUAACCGCUCGUGUUCUGGUUGUUCUCUACAUAUAAGCUCUCCUCCAUCCACUACUGAAAUGCAGCUGCGCAGAGUACUACACGAUAUCCGAAGCUCGCUGCAAAAUCUUUCACAGCAUCCUGUAAUGCGGGGAAAUGACAUGACAGCUGGUAGUUACGGCACCCAGAGAUCGUCCAUCCUAUCUCUUUAUGAAAAUACUUUCCAGGAGCUACAAAUAAUGAGAAGAAGCUUAAAUCUGUUCCGCUCACAAAUGAUGGACUUGGAGCUUAAUAUGUUACGGCAGCAGACUAUGGUUUAUCAGCACCUGACAGAAGAUGAGAGGUAUGAAGCUGAUCAGCUGCAAGGCCUGCGGAACUCUGUGCGAAUGGAACUACAGGAGUUAGAGCUCCAGUUAGAUGACCGACUGCUGACGCUCGAGGAGCAGCUUCGCAGUUUUCACGUUUCCUCUCCCUUUCAACGACAGUCGGCAAUGGGAAUGUAUGGAGGAAGAGUAGGAGCAGAUGGCCUGAUGUUCUCAUCUCCCUUGAAUGUCCUAGAACCGGUAACUGAGCUGAUUCGAGAGCAAACUCACCUGAAGUCGGAGUUGAGCCUUGAAGAUAUGAGAUUGGAGUCUGAAGCGGAAGGUCGUGAGUCUGUCUUGUCUCGCGCAGCUUCUGAUUCGUCGUCUGUGUGCUCCAUGCCACGUUCUAAAAAUCGGAAAGCUCCAUCAAAUAUCUCCGAAGAUCAACCAAAAGCACAAACGCCCACAAGCAAGGCGGUGUAUUGUGCUACUGUGACUUUGACACCGAGCCCUCCUGUCAGAGCCGGGGCCAGUCAGAUCAUGGAAUUGCCAGAGGAAUCUGGAAGUCUUGCAUUGGAGCCUGAAGAAAAGAGAGCGUCUCCAUCUGUGACUGAUGGGAGUCCACACUGGAGUCCAGAAGAAAACAAAGAAUUGCAACAAGUCAUUCGGGAGAUAAAAGAUUCGAUUGUUGGAGAUAUAAGACGAGAAAUUGUGAGCGGCCUUCUAGCAGCAGUCUCUUCUCCAAUGAGAUCCUUAGAUGGAAAAACAGAUGGGAGGAUUUAAAGGACUGGAAGCCACUUGAAUCGGUUGAACUCUUGGCAACCCGUAACAAGAAUAUUUGGAUGAAGCUGGUUAUGUCAAGUCUAGAAAUCCAGGAGGACUACCUUUGCUGCUGAAAUGAUCUACUGUUUUUUGUGUUUUUCUAGUUUUGACCGUACUCGUGUGUAGUUUGGGCACUUUGCUUAGCUUUCUGCUAGAAGAGGGCUGUGGAGGUUUCAACCAAUAUUUAUUUUAAAUGACUUUUUUUGUAUAUGUUUUUUUUUUUUUUCCUUUAUUCCAUACUGGCUACUCCGCAACAUGUCGCCAAGGGUGAAGUAACCAAUGUUUAAAGUGCAUCUGUUGAGCUUUAACACUGACCUCCAUGAGGUCUAGACUGUGCAAUAAGUGAUUUAAUUCUGAGCUUGUAAUUAACUCCCUCCCCCAACUGCGGUGUAGUGCCACUUUAAAAUGUGCCAGUUGCGUACAUGGUGGAAGCAGCAUAUACUUUUUUAUUUUUUGCUGUACCGCUAUUCAUGUGAACUAGUGAUGUCCUUGAGGCAUGAGUAACAGUGUGUGGGCUUGCUGGAGCUUAUUUUGUUCCUUGUGUGGUAGAUUUCAUUCAUUUACCUAAAACUACUUUUUAAGUUCUUACACUGAAUGCUGUAUAGCCUCAUCCACAGAAUUAUUUAAACCUUUUAUUCCAUUCCCCUUAGCUCAUAACCUACUUUGAUGUGCCAUAUUUUAACACUAUAUAUAUAUUUUUUUUUUCUAUUUCCUUACUGUAUUGUGUAUUUUUCAUUGUGAUUUUACACAUCCUUUCUUUUCUGGUCGCGCCAUUCCCUUAACACCAUCGGUUUUGAAGAUGUUAAUGUUUUAUGGCAAGUAUGUUAAAACCACCAGGUAUGUCAUGGCACAUCUGUUGGAAGAGAAUGAUCCUAAUUUUGUAUGUUCUGUUGAGCGCUAAUCAGAACAAUAGUUCAGAAUAUAAAUGUUGUGGGAAGUCUAAAACUGUGUGUUACUCAGUACACAAGGGCUGAUUUCUAAAUAUAUUAAUAAAGUAUUUAUUUUACAUAUACAA